AUGGCAUCAGUAGCGCCAACGGAGGGCUCUCGUCCCAUCUACGUGGACGAUCCCUUGAAGAGAAAAACAAAUAUGGAAACAUCAAAAGUUCCUUGGUAUCGAAAGUUGAUGUUUUGGAAAUCAUCAGAUGAUCCACGCUCAAAAGAAAGAGAGAGACAUCUACGAGCAAACGAUAGAAACUUUAAUGCUCAAUUUAAAUAUGCCGAUAAUUAUAUUAAAACAUCGAAGUAUAACUUAAUCACUUUUAUUCCUCAGAAUCUGUUUGAGCAGUUUCAACGAAUAGCUAAUUUUUAUUUUUUAGUCUUAAUGAUAUUACAGUUUGUUCCGCAAAUAUCUUCCAUUUCCUGGUAUUCUACAGCUAUUCCAUUAGUUAUUGUAUUAGCUUUUAGUGCCAUCAAAGAUGGUUAUGAUGAUAUGCAAAGACAUAUAUCUGAUAGUAAUGUUAACGGUCGAAAGUCAUUUGUUGUCCGCGAUGGGCAUUUAAAUGAAGAUGAUUGGAGUAAAGUUAAAGUUGGUGACGUCAUCAGAAUGAUGAGCAAUCAGUUUGUAGCGGCUGAUCUUUUACUUCUUUCAACGUCUGAGCCUCAUGGUAUUUGCUAUAUCGAAACAAUGGAGCUGGAUGGUGAAACGAAUUUGAAAACACGUGGAGCUGUGGCUGAUACUGCUGAGAUGGGGGAUGAUUUAGAUGCUAUAUCACGUUUCAAUGGAGAAGUGAUAUGUGAAGCACCCAAUAAUCGUUUGGAUAAAUUCACUGGAAAGCUCACCUGGCAAGGACGAGAACUAGCUAUUACUAAUGAUAACAUUCUACUACGUGGUUGUAUUCUGAAAAAUACAAGAUGGUGUUAUGGUGUCGUUAUCUUUGCUGGAAAAGAUACAAAGCUUAUGAUGAACAGCGGUAAAACCAAAUUCAAGCGUACUAGUCUCGAUAGAUUUUUGAAUAUCUUGAUUAUGGGGAUUGUUUUAUUUCUUGUUGCUAUGUGCCUUAUUUGUACAACAUUAUGCGGUGUUUGGGAAUGGACAACGGGAAGACAUUUCACUAUGUAUUUACCUUGGGAUGAUGUUGUGCCAAAUAGAGAAAAACAAGGAUCUCAACAAAUAGCCGUUAUUGCAUUUUUAACAUUUUUUUCAUACGUCAUUCUUCUGAAUACAGUCGUGCCAAUUUCGUUGUAUGUAAGUGUGGAAAUCAUAAGAUUCAUACAUUCAUUAUGGAUUAAUUAUGAUCAGCAUAUGUACUUUGAAAAUGGAGAAAAAAGUAUUCCAGCGAGGGCUCAUACAACCACCCUUAAUGAGGAAUUGGGCCAGGUUCAAUACGUGUUUAGUGAUAAAACAGGAACUUUAACUCGAAAUAUCAUGACAUUCAACAAGUGUACUAUAAAUGGUAUAUCAUAUGGCGAUCUUGAAGAUACUCAAGGAAAUCCUAUUGAAAUUUCCGAGCGAACGCAACCUCUUAGUUUUGCUUGGAAUGCCAAUUAUGAACCCAAUUUCAAAUUUUAUGAUAAAAAACUGUUACAAGCAACCCAGAAUGGAAACGUUGAGGUUACUGAGUUUUGGAGGCUUUUGGCUCUAUGCCAUACAGUGAUGCCUGAACGAGAUAAACAAGGCAACCUAGUUUAUCAAGCUCAAUCUCCGGAUGAGGCUGCUCUCACAGCUGCUGCUCGAAAUUUCGGAUUCGUUUUCCGAUCUCGUACACCUCAGUCGAUUACGAUCGAAGUCAUGGGAAAAGAAGAAGUUUAUGAAAUUCUCUGCAUUCUCGAUUUCAACAACGAAAGAAAAAGAAUGUCAGUAAUAACUAGAAAUUCUGCUGGAAAGAUUCGACUUUACUGUAAAGGAGCUGAUAUGAUGAUUAUGCAAAGAUUACACCCAACAACUUCCCACAUUUUCCGAACUUCAACUGAGCAACAUUUAUCAGAAUUUGCUAAUAUUGGUCUUCGAACUUUGUGUUUGGCUUAUAAGGACAUCGAAUCUGCCUAUUUCGAAGAUUGGAUUAAAAGGCAACACGCAGCUGCCAUAGAUAUGGUGAAUCGAGAAUCUUUGCUUGAUGCUGUUUAUGAAGAAAUGGAAAAAGAUAUGACUCUGAUUGGAGCAACAGCUAUCGAAGAUAAGCUUCAAGAAGGUGUUCCAGAGACGAUUGCUAGAUUAGCUGAUGCUAACAUCAAGAUUUGGGUCUUAACUGGAGACAAGACGGAAACAGCCAUCAACAUCGCCUACUCCUGUCGCCUUCUAACGGACGAUAUGCGAGAGAUCGUGGUUAUUGAUGGUCAGAAUGAACAUGAGGUGGAAGUACAAUUGAAAGCAACAAAAACCAGAUUUGAUAGUAUUAUGGGAAUGAAUCCAACUCCUACUUACGAAAAGCCGCGCGUUGAAGUUCAAACGAUUAAUGAAAAUGAAGAAGUCAAUUACAGCUAUCAUACCCAAACAGCUCCAGAUUCACCUAGAGAAGAGAGUGGAGUUGCUCUAGUCAUCAAUGGAGAUUCCCUAUCAUUUGCACUGGGCGAACGUCUUGAAAGAACAUUUCUGGAAAUUGCUUGCAUGUGCAUGGCUGUCAUCUGUUGCCGAGUUACUCCACUUCAGAAAGCUGAAGUUGUUGAUCUGGUCAAAAGAAACAAAAAAGCUGUGACUUUGGCCAUUGGUGAUGGAGCUAAUGAUGUUUCCAUGAUUAAAACAGCUCAUAUUGGAGUUGGAAUUUCAGGCCAGGAAGGUAUGCAAGCUGUAUUAGCAUCCGACUACUCCGUAGGACAAUUCCGUUACCUAGAGAGACUGUUGUUAGUUCAUGGAAGAUGGUCUUAUAUUCGAAUGGCCAAGUUUCUCAGAUAUUUCUUCUACAAAAAUUUUGCUUUUACUUUAACUCAUUUCUGGUUUUCAUUUUUCUGUGGUUAUUCUGCUCAGACCGUUUUCGAUGCUGUUCUCAUCGCCUGUUAUAAUCUGUUUUUCACAGCCCUACCUGUUUUAGCCAUGGGUGCUCUAGAUCAAGAUGUUGACGAUGUGUACAGUUUGAGAUAUCCAAAACUUUAUCUGCCGGGUCAGUUCAAUUUGUUUUUCAAUAUGCGUAUAUUCAUUUACUCAGUACUUCAUGGAAUGUUCAGCUCACUUGUUAUUUUCUUUGUGCCUUAUGGAGCUUUCUACAACGCUUCAGAUCAUAAGGGUCGAGAUUUAGAUGAUUAUGCCUCAUUAGCUUAUACAACGUUCACAGCUUUAAUUGUUGUUGUUACCGGUCAAAUAGCUUUUGAUACUUAUUAUUGGACGUCAAUUAAUCAUUUUGUCAUCUGGGGUUCACUUAUUUUCUAUUUUCUGCUCACUUUCCUUAUUUACGAAGGUCUACCUGUUUCAUUAGUUGCCAAAACAUCUUCAACUUCAUCAUACGGCGUCGCAUUUAAAACUAUGGCUACACCUCAUUUCUGGUUUUCAAUUCUUAUGGUCUCCGUCAUCUUGCUUUUACCUGUUAUGCUCAAUCGCUUCUUCUGGCUCGAUACUCAUCCAUCGUUCGCUGAUCGCCUACGUGUUAGACGUAAAUUGGGUAAAAAGGCUUCUGCUCAACAACCCGAUCUUAAAAAGCCAGCAAUUCGACGUACGGCAACGACUCGAAGAAGUGCCAGAGGAUCUUUACGAUCUGGAUAUGCCUUCUCCCAUUCACAAGGUUUCGGAGAUCUUAUUCUCAAAGGAAAACUUUUCAAAAAUGUUGAUCAAAUUCGCCAACGAUCAAUUAAUCCAGACACCUCUGAUGACACGCCAAAUCUGUUAUCACCUGUUCCUGCAGCAUUGCAGCCAGGAUAUGAACAUAUGUCAUCUACGGGUGUUCCAAUUAUGACAUUGCCAGUUGAACCGACAGCUGGACGUCAUCGUUUAACCGUAAAUUCGGAUCCAAACUGGACGUUGGAUGCUCAUCCUUCCAGUACGCAAGGAAUCCAAUUAAGGGGUGAUGGACAAUCAUUUGAGACGCAGGCAUAUGCUACUUCUGAAAGUGAAGAUGAUCAGACAAUCGUUGAACGCUUCUAA